CGUCACACCGACAAUAUUGUUGUGAUGUAGUAAUGAAUGAAGUGACCUCAGACAGCAUGCUUUCAUUUGUAGCGAACACGUUGUGUUGCGAAGUUGGAAAUAAUAAUUUUAGAACUAUGCCAAGAGUUGUCCCUGAUCAAAGAUCUUCGUUUGACAACGACGAACUAUUUAGAAAAUUAAGCAGAGAGUGUGAGGUAAAAUACACAGGAUUUAGGGAUCGACCAACAGAGGAAAGACAACUUAGAUUUCAAACUGAUUGCAGGGAAGGACACGCAGAAAUAGCAUUUGUAGCGACAGGGACCAAUAUACCUCUCCAAUUUUCAUCUAAUGCCUGGUCAGAACGUGAAGAAGACCGAUUAACGACACGAGAGUUUGUAGAUUUCGACAGAGAACCAGGAAAAGUACAUUUAAAAUCACAGUUCAUAUUAAACGGAGUAUGUGUAAUAUUUAGAGCAGCAUUAGAUUUAAUACGAUUAGAUGGUGUAGGCAGUUUAGAUUACGACUCAGAUAGAGCCGAGGCGGAAGAUGCAAUGCUCAGAGAACAAGUAGACCAAUAUAACAGAAGAAUACGAGACUUUGAAAUACGACAACAACAAUAUCGUGAUCAACAAGAUCGAAGAGCAGAACAAGAGGCAGAGACAAGUCGUAGAAGUUCGCGUUCCAGUCCCGCUGAGACCAGUGGCAGUGAAUGACCCUCGUAGAAUGUUUCCAUUGAAACACCGCCAUUUGUACAUUUUGUAAAUACAGAGCUCAAAGAGAGAAGAAUAAUUUAUUUUUAUCAAAAGUUUGUUAUAUAAGUAUUAAUAAGACAAGACCAAGUUAUAGCAAGCCUUUUGACAUUGUACGCAAAUAAUUAUAAAAACAGUUUUCAGACAUAUAUAUGUGUUAUCAGUUUUAUCAGUUUAAACAUUUUUUUUCUGUAAAAACAAAAUGUUUAUCUUCAGCUUUAGCGUAAAUGCUUCCAGUUAUUUAUGUGAUUGGCUAUCAGAACUUUCAACUAAAGCAAAAUUAGCACCAUGUUUUCAACAAAAGUCAUUCAUAUAUUUGUAGUUAUUAAAAUUAUUUUGAAUUAGGGAUAUUUUGCAAAAGGAAUUUUUAUCGUAAAAGAAUGAAAUAUGGAAAUAGUGAAAAUAAUAUUUUUUAACAGUUUUGGCUGUUGUUCUUUUUUUUUGAAGAGUCUGUCAGUGUGUUUCUAGAAUAUUUUAAAUCUUAAACUUAACAUCAAUGUAUGUGUGUUGACUUCACACUUACAUGUAAUCAUGUGUUGACUUCACACUUAAAUAUACUUGUGCAUUGACUUCACACUUACAUAUGUUUAGGUGUGUUGGCUUGUGCAUUGACUUCACACUUACAUAUGUUUAGGUGUGUUGGCUUAACACCCGAAAAGUGGAAAGGGAUUAAUAUAAGUUGCAAAACUUGUUUCCCAAUCCACUAUAAAUAAAUAUGUUUAAACUAAAACUUACAUGUAAUUAUGUGAGUUGACUUCACACAUGCAUGAAUUUAUAUGUGUUGACUUCACACUUGCAUGUAUUUAUAUGUGUUAGCUUCACACCUACAUGAAUUAUGUGUGUUAAAUUCACACUUACAUGAAUUUGUGUGUGUUGGUUUAACUGUUUUACACUUCUGUGUAUUUAUGGCUGAAAACUGUAAAAAAAAUUGUUGAGGUAUUUGUUGUUAUUCUCAUUAGGUCAGAUCUUUAUUGAUGACAUGAAUGACUUAGAAGAUAUAUUAUUGGAGUAAUGUGAAAUGGCACCAGAUCUGAAUGACUUAGUAGAUAUAUUAUUGGAGUAAUGUGAAAUGGCACAAGAUCUGAAUGACUUAGUAGAUAUAUUAUUGGAGUAAUGUGAAAUGGCACCAGAUCUGAAAGGUCUGGCUUAGAUGUUCUGUACAAACUUUUUUCAUUAAGUAAAAGAGUGUAGUAGGCCUCUUAAUACAAGGCAUUACAAGACUUUUGUUUUGUUACUUUUAUCAUUACAUUACAUUUGUAUAUAUACCAUUAUGCUUAUGAUUUGUUAAAGUUUUUCAAAAAUGUCAUGUUUCAUUAAAAAAUCAUUAGUUUCACAUUUUGAAAUGAGUUUUUUAUAUGCUGCAAGACUUGUUCAAUUGUAGUUGUUUUACAUUCCACUUCAGAAUUGGUGCACUGAACAUAUUUUUUACUAUUAAGGGGAGACAAUUUAUCAUAUUUCUAUCUUUAUUUUAUUUGUCAUUUUUUUAUUUUAAACUUUUGAUAAUUUCAAAAAAACAUAAUGUUAUAUUAUAUAAGUUACUAAUCCUCCCACAGGCAUUUGAUUUUUGGUAAAAUAAGAAAAUCUUGAAUUUUUAUGCGUUAUAAAUAUUAAAAAUUUGUGACAAUAUUAUCAUCAAAUUUUCAUAUUUUGUAUAUAAUUUCAUGGUAUGAAAUUUCAUAUUUGCUCCAAAUUACUUUUUUAUUUAUAAAUGUUUAUUUUUCUUCUUGUGUUUUGAUAGUUUACCAAUAUCGGAUAACCUAACAAUUUUUUGAAAGACAGGGUUUUGUUUCAUUAACCAUGUUUUUAUAGUGUAAUAAACCUUGACCGUAUAAAACCAUGAAUGAUUUGGGAUAUCAAACUUCUAAUACCAUGUAAAAAACUUCUAAAAUUUGAUGUCAGUAAAUUAAUAUCCCAAAGCUGAUUUUGUGAGUUCUUUUAUUUCGGUAUCAUGUUUUUUGUUUUGUGAAAAAUGCAUAUAAGAAUUGCAUUUUCAACUUUCGUCAUAAAAUUGUGUAAAAGUUAAAAAAAAAUAAUCUUCCAAUUGGAAUUUUACCAUUUAUUGCCACAAUACUUUUUGUUCUUUCUGUUGUAUUUUAUCAACCGUAGAUGUUAAAUUUUUUAUUUUAUUUCAUAUUGCUAUAUUUUUUUCAAGUUAGGCUCACAUUAUUACUUUGGAUGACUUCAUUUAAAAGAUAAUUAAGCAUUAUUUGUAUAAAUAAGGAUGCAUGUUUAUUGCAUAGGUUAUGUAAACAUUCUAGUCAAUUUUGUUGUUAUUUGUUUGAUUUAUUGGCCGUGUUGGUCAAAUUGCAUUAUUUCGUUUAGCGAAGUUGUACAUUUAGGUUCAUUUUCAUGAUUAUAAAUAAUUCUAAAAACAUAUCAGAAUUUGAUCUGUUUAAAACCUAUAUCAUUAUAAUUUGUAUAUCAAGUUUUGUUUUAUUUUAUUUUUGGUAUUUUGAUUUACACCUUUGUAAGAAUAUUGUUUUCUAGUCCUUUUUUUAUAAUGUUUUAUUGUUUCUUUAGAUGAUUUCAAUAAAUUGUAUGAUAGACAAAUUGGACUGAAGCAGUUAAAUUAGAAAUGCUCUGUUAAAAAUAUUAUGUAAAUAGUCCUGCUGAACAUACUCUUUUAACAUUAUUUCAUUUCCUCUGUUACUGUAAAAUUUGUAACCAUUAAUUUGUAAGGUAUUUUUAACUCCUUUUACAUCCUUAACAUUUUUUGUACAUUUGUACAACAAUACUGUUGCAUUUGAUUUUUCUUGCCAUACUGAUUUUUGAUCCAGGCAUUUAUAAUUUUUUGACAGGUUACCUCCCCUAUGGUAGGACAUUUUGGUACCAGGUCAAGUAAGAAUAACUUUCGGAAGUAAAUUUUAAAAUCAAGUUUUUUUGGUAUAAUUUGGGCAAAAAUUAACCGUUUUUUAUAUGAUUUUUUUUACAUUACAAAAUCAUAAAAAAAACUCAGAAAGGUUCAUUUCAAAUUAA